CGUCAUGGUCCACGUCACGAAUGCCCCGAAAACGGAGGCGCCCCUUCACCUCCCUGAUAUGCAAUUACUGCGUUUAGCUGGGUGUCAUUUUUCCAUCACUGCUGAUCAGAGGCUCCUGCAGAGUUAUAAGACCCGGGAAUGAAGGACCAUUGAAUCUCUUCCCAUUGCAGUCAAAGGCCAGAUGUCAGCAGGUGUUAGUGGGUUUUUGGACCAGUGGAAAAGUGGCUUUAGUUUUUAGUUUUAAGGUGAAGUGUUGCAUAUUUCAGGAAGAGGAGAGUGAGGUGAGGGGUAUUCAGCUGCAACAUGCAACUCCACCAGUAGAUGUCACUAAAUUAUACACACUAAACCUUUAAAUCGAAUGAAUAUUGCACUUAUGGGGGUGGUAGAUAAAUAUGAAGAUCAUAAAAUCACAUGAUAAUAUAUAGAAAUUCAAUUUAAAGUCUCAAUAACAAGUGGAGAUGUUUUCGUUGGCAUCCACUUGCGAUAUUUAUCCAGGAUGUGAUUGGUUUUGAAGGGGCAGGCCACAGCUUCAGAGCUUGGCACCUUUUUAACAACUACUUCCUUGUUCCUUGUGCAAUAAACAAGCCAUAUAAAAGUUAGCAUCCAGGUGAGUGGCUGUUUAAAACAAGGUUUCCUGUUCCCUGUGUGCACCUUUAAACUAGUUAAAUGAUGCAGGUUAAUUACAUACACGGGUAAUGGGUGGGUAGUGAGAGAAACAGACCGGUUCCUUGUGGCUCCAUCGACAGGAGGAGGGGAAGGAGGGAGGGAGGAAUGAGAGACAGCCAGGUACUCGAUCCAUCGAAGAGGAAGUGCGAGUGAACCUGCGGCGUGAGGAGGGAGGCAGGCAGCUGGUCUCUGUGGUUCCGGCAGGGAGCGUCACCGAUCACCGCCACUACACAGACCUGGACUAAACAAGCGGGAUGUCGAGAGCAUGAAGCCGGCGAUCGUGUGCCUUACUGGCGCCGCACCGGUGGCCGAACAGCGGUGAAGGUUUGCGGAGAGGAGUAAAGAGGAGGAGGAGGAGGAGGGCAGACAGGCUCGCAGACAGGUGCGUCUCUUCAGCCGGUUUCGAUUCCUCUCGGUCCCAGAGCGAGACGGAGCCAUGGAUCCCCGCAAGGAGCCCAAGGGCAGAAAACAGCCCAUGAAAGCCAAGUCCACGACGCGGAAGGAGAAGAAACACAAGACCGGGAGGUUCAUCCGGAGGAAAUCGCUGCGAUCUUUCGGGAAUUUCAUGGGAAGGAUCCUUAAAACUUUGGGCACUUUGGCGCACUUCAGCAACGCGGAACCAGCGGACGCGGAGGACGACGACGGCGGCUUCGGGCAGAGCUCCUCCGCGGGCUUCAAAGAGGACUGCCCGCAGGUCUCCAGGGAUUCUGUCUCCGCCAAGAAGAGCUCCUCCGCGGCGGCGGUGGCUGCUGCGGCGGCAGCCGGCUCCGCUCAGGGCUCGGUGAAGGAGAGGCUGUCGUCGUGCUACGGAGACAAGACCCCCGGGGUGCUGGGGCUGAAGAACCACGGCAACACCUGCUUCAUGAACGCCGUGGUCCAGUGCCUGAGCAACACGGACCUGCUGGCCGAGUACCUGGGGCUGGAGCAGUACAGGUCGGACAUGUGCCACGGGAAGGUGAACGGGGAGGCGCGUGGAGAGGAGCGGGGAGCGGAGCCUCCGAGCGCCCGGGGAGAGGUGACCGAGCAGCUGGCGUCACUGGUUCGAGCGCUGUGGACGCUGGAGUACACGCCGCAGCUGUCCGUGGAGUUCAAGAGCAUAGUGGCCAAAUACAGCUCUCAGUUUCGUGGAAACUCUCAGCACGACGCCCUGGAGUUCCUCCUCUGGCUCUUGGACAGUGUUCACGAAGAUGCCAGUUCUGGCCUCAACAACAACAACAGCAGCAGCAACAGCAACGGCAGCAGCAAGGCCAAAGCUGGCAACAAGGGACCCAGUCCAGGGGAGGAUUCUUCCAGUCCCAGUUCAGCCAGCACACAGCAGCCUCGGGGUCGACACAGUUUUGUCCAGGAACACUUCCAGGCUCAGUACAGGUCUUCUCUGACGUGCCCUCAUUGCCUUAAGCAGAGCAACACCUUCGACCCGUUUUUGUGUAUCUCCCUGCCGAUCCCUCUACGACAAACCAGGCCGAUGUGUGUGACGCUGGUGUUCAGUACGAAGGGUCAGAGGUAUCUGCGGGUGGGGCUGGCUGUUCCUCUCCUUGGUACCAUGUCCUCCCUGAGAGCCAUGGUGGCAGAGGAGGGUAAAAUCUCGCCAGACCAGGUCAUCCUGUCAGAGUUGUACUCCACCGGUUUCCAGCGCUCCUUCUCAGAUGACGACGACCUGACGACCAUCGCAGACACCGACGUGGUCUACGCCUUCCAGGCUCCUCCCCUCUACGGGCGUGGAGGCUCUGCACAGCACUCAGGGUAUCACCACAGCCUCCCCUCCUCUCCCUACUCCUCCUCGGCUGGACCUGAUGGCCAGAGGUUACCAACGUCUGGAACCCUCUCCUCCGAGUACCUGAACCAGGGCGGCUCCACGAAGCUCCUCCUCAUCAUCUGUAACACAGCAGGCUCCGGCCAGCAAGCUGUCAGGUUCGGACCUCCAUUUCUCAUGCGUGAGGACAGGAGCAUCUCCUGGGACCAGCUGCAGCAGAGCAUCCUCAGCAAGCUCUACUAUCUGAUGCUGAAUGGAUCUCAGGCUCAGAAGGUUGGGGUGCUGUUCAAGAUCCGAGUGGUGGGAGGAUUGACAUCCUGCAGCUACCUGUCGCCGCAGGACAGCCGGCCACUCUACAACCAUGCUGUUGACAGAGUGCUGAAGAUGUGUGGCACCGGGGGGCCUCCUCACGUGAAGCUCGUCAUAGAGUGGGAGCACAAGACUAAAGAAUGUCUGUUUGGCACCAUCCAGGAGGAGGUGGUGAAGGAUGCAGAGAGUGUGAGGAACCAGCAGCAACAACAUCUGCAGCAGCACAGCUGUACCUUAGACGAGUGCAUCCAGCUGUACACCAAAGAAGAGCAGCUGGCCCCUGACGACGCCUGGAAGUGUCCCCACUGUAAAAAGUUUCAGCAAGGCAUGGUGAAGAUGAGCCUGUGGACUCUCCCUGACAUCCUGAUCCUCCACCUCAAGCGUUUCCGACAGGUGGGUGAGCGCAGGACUAAGCUGUCGACCUUGGUGCGUUUCCCCCUGACUGGACUGGACAUGGCCCCCCACCUGGUGAAGAGGAGUCAGAGUAUGAGGAACCUGGACAUGGGGCCGUGGCCCCCAGCCUGGAAGCAGCCGUCAGGACAACACCCCGACAUGACCCUCCCACUUGACUAUCAGUACGACCUCUACGCUGUGUGUAACCAUCACGGAGGAAUGCAUGGAGGACAUUAUACAGCUUACUGUAGAAAUUCAGUGGAUGCCCAGUGGUACAGUUAUGAUGACAGCAGCGUCGACCUGGAGCCAGAGGAGGAAGUAUGUACCAGAGGAGCUUACAUCCUCUUUUACCAGAGACGCAACACCAUUCCUCCGUGGUCGGCCAGCAGCUCAAUCAGAGGCUCCACAAGCUCAUCAAUGUCAGACCAUUGGCUCGUCCGCCUCACAGUGGACAGUAAGAGAGGAAGUCUGGUGUCUCGAUCGUCCACCACCUGCCCGUCUUCACAUCCCGACUCUCCAGAGUCUCCCGUCUUCCUCGACGAUGGUUGUAAAGACGAAAAGGGAGGUUUUGAGAGAAGGCCAUUUAUCAGGGGUCUUGAAGGACGCAGCAAGAGCAUGAGAACCCCCAGCAGAUCUAAGGACACUCUGAGCAAAGUACUUCCCCUUCGCUGGUCCUUUGGGUCCAAGGACAGACGAAAACCUGACCCAGUGUCUCCGCCGGAUCAAGAACCUGCCCCUGUAGAGCUAGUGCAGUACUUGGAAUCUGGCCGACGUCCCCGGUGCACAAAGGACCCAAUAGUAACACUGAUGAGCGAACAGCGCAGCACCAAGGAAGCUGCUGAGGCCCGUGCUGUAGCUAAUGUCAAAUCGUCCAAUGCUGGGAGUGUGAGUUGUGUGGAUAAAGCAAGAGAUGAGCUGCAGCCAGAGUCUCCAAAGGUCCCAGAGGGCCAGAGGAGACCAUUGGACAAGACCACCAGCCUGAGACGCAGCAAGGGGAGCAAGACAAGAGAUGAGGGCACCUUGAAAAUCAGCAGUAGCUCUAGCAGUAACACCCUCACCAGGAGGAAGGAUUCCAGGAAGCAGAGCUCCUCCAAAGGUUCCCAGGAUACAGAGACAACAAGGCCUUUCAGUGCUGGAGUUCAGCCCAGCUACAGCACACCCAGCCUUCAUGAUGGGACCCUGAGAAGACAGAGGGGAGACAGGGCUGAACAUCCAGGUGCAUUUGAAGAAAUCUCAAAGACCAAAAGAGGAGAAGUGCCCAGGAGUCAGGAGGGACUGUUCUCCUUCUUUAAAGGCAACUUCUUGAAGAAGGAUAAGGACCAGAAGACGUCCAAGGAGGAUGAGUCAGGGAGAAGACGAGGAGACGAAGGAGGCCGAAGGACGCUGUCAAGGCUGCCAGUGUCUAACGGAGCAGCGGGAGGCAGAAGUGCUGCAGAACGAGAACGGUCUAAUGGCUCAGGCCAUCUAGGCGAUGAGCUGGCAAAUGGAAAAGUUGGACGUACGACGGUUGACAUCAAACGCUCCCAAAGUCAGUCCAACAUCCCCACCAAGGCGGAGCCGAGCAUGCACAGGACAGCAUCUUUGCAUCGCAAUGGCAUGUCCACAGCCCCGGCACCCUCACGCAGCCUGACAACGGACAAACCGUCGUACGGCACCCUGCAGAGGACUCGUUACAGCACAACCUCACUGGGGCGCAAAAAGCCAGUCCCCGAGUCGAGCUUCUGACAGAGCUAGUUGACACACAAACACACGGAGCCUUGUACCUGAUAUAGAGUGAACGACGUCCAGUCUCGGACAUCAAAGCAAUAGAGCUACAUUCACAGUGAAAUCCUUUUUGUUCCCGGAAAACCAAGAAGCAGAGACAGAGCAGAUGAGGAGUCCGAACGCUGGAAUAUAAAGAACAGAAUGAAAUGAUGUGACGUGUCCAUCACUUGUCAGAAGAAGUCCAUCUCUUGUCUGUUUUUUAUCACAUGAAACAAGUGCCUGAGAAACUUAUAUAUGCAGUUUAGACCAAUGAGUUUGUCUUUUUAGCACUGGAAGCACAGAAGUCCUUACCCACAAACACACACACACACACACACACACUCCACAUCAAAAUGCACAUACCAACACAAUAUCUAUAUUCUUACUGUAAUUUGAGUGUUGAAAGUCAUACAUUUAUUAAGAAUUCUUCUGGUUGUAGUUAGGGUUGCUGACUGUUUUGGUUUAUCAGAAUGUCGUGAGGCUGCAGUCUGGGAUUAACUCCAAAAGUUCAAGGUAAAUCCCCUGUGGUAUGAUUGUUUAAAGUACAGUGUGGCUUUGAACACACAACGUUGAUUUGUCCCCAUGUGACCCUAACCACAGUUACUGCUCAUUCCAUUUUAACCAGCAGUAAAGAGAUGUCAUUUUUUUAAAGGAGACAUAUUUUGCCUUUUCAGUUUGUCCUAGCUCAAGAGCUGUGUUUGUAACAGAUCUGCAAAAUGAAAAAAGCCCAAAGACCAUAGUAUAAUGAGGUAGGGGUUGUGAGGGUAGGAGUGGUAUUCUGUAGAAGAACUGAUCUUGAGCUCUUUAUUAUGAAUUGGCCAAGAAAAUGAAAAUCUACCGGGACAAGUAGGGCUUUGUAGCUAACCUCUCUAUGGUAAUAGAGAUGAAAAGACACAAAUUUGGGAUUUUAAUAUUAAAGCAAUAUUGACCCUGAGAGGAUGUUUGAGAUAACACCGGUGAACUUUAUUGAAUUCAUUCCAUUUUUUAAUUUUAAAUUUGGACUCUUUUAUUUAUUUUUUAUCAGAUUGUGAUUUUUCUGUGCUACCCGGACUCAAACUCGUGUGACAUAUCUGUGGGUAUAUGAAAGUGUCGAGAGCGCUGAGAUUUUCUCCUGGCUUAAAGUGCACAAUGUGUUCGUGUCCUUGUUUGUCGUCGAAGUGACAGCUGUUGAAAACUUGAUGGUGAAGAAUUUAAAGCUCAACCUUACAAAAAUACUCAAAUUUACGCAGUGGAGGUUCAGCGGAGGAGUGCUGGUAAUAGUGCAGCCUGACACUGACAGCAUAUGGGCAGUUAGAGAGAGAAGUGGAGAUGUGGUUGCAGAAAAGCACUGUUUUUCAAUGUGCUUUGUUUUCUUAUCCCUUUAAUUGGUCCUUGCCUGAACAGUCUAAACCACGGAAGACUUAAAAUGCCUAAAUGGAAACAAAUCAAAUAAAGUAAAAGCAAAUUCACAUUUUAAUAUAUUUUCCUUUUUCUGUUCGUUUACUUUAAUUAGCUAAAUUACUGAUAAUCGUGCCAAGACGACCCUGCUAAAUGUGCGUUUUUCGUCGUCUUGCAGCACAUUGUAAAUGUAACUAAAGGUUCAGUCAACAUCAGUGUCCCUACAGCUGCAAAGGAAACUCUUUUAUUUUGAAAGGCUUUUCUGCCAUCCGGUAAUGCUCCAUGUUCCAACCCAUAGACUGUAUAUAAAGAUGGACGGCAUGUUCCCAAAAUUGAAGCCGAAGCGCCCACUGGUGGCUGGCAGCAGUAUAGUUCAUUAACUCCGCCUCCUCCUUGUUAGUUGGUCGGUCACGGACCACACUAAUAGCCAAAGUGCACCUCGAUUGAAUUGUUCUCAAAAAUUGUUUCAUUUACAGUACUUCUUAUCACACUGAUGUACGUCAAAAUGUUAAUUGUUCAGGUAAAUUUAGUUUGACUUAAUUAUUUGAUUCUAUAAGAAUUGGCUGAAACGUCAUGAACGACAGCCGAGUGUCCCCGGCCACUCCAUUAAUGCAAAUGGAUCGUUCUAUAACAGCAUAACAAGCGAACGUGAUGUCCUCACUUACUGCUGUUGGAACAUUUUGAUGCUGUGUCUCAAAUUGCCAAUGAAGACCUCUUGGACUUUGCAUUUGGAGAUUUUGUUGUGUAUCUCGUAUCUACCCACAUAAUGAUGGAUACUCAAAUAACAUUGGUUAGUUUGGUGCAGCCCUCAAAUCGUUUUUCUUUAGGAGAAAGUAUACCUGUAUAAUUGAAUUUACAUCAGCCUGUUGACAGAUGUUGCAUAAUAUUUGCAAUUUCAAUGGGGAGGAAGGUGUGUAUUCACAUGAGCUUCUGAAUGCUUCUGGACAGUAUUGCCUGUUGAAUGAGUACUUUAUUCAGCUUGCCUUUUCAGAAGCAUACUCUAAGAGCAGCACAAAUAUAGGGUCACCCCAUAUUACAUCAACAAGCUAAUUUUGAAAAACUCAAACACCAGCCAGUGCCCAGAUGAUGUGGUUUGCUGAAGGCCAGUUUGAUCUGGUAAUGUUGAAGCAGGAUCAAAGUUGAUUCUCUAAAAUACACAAACCUGUCCUUCUUAUUGGGAGACAUUUUAUCAAGGAGUCUGAAAGGAUUCAAAUGAAACAGCACAGUGUGAUAUAAGGGACAGAUUUCUCUUCCAAUUUUAUUUAGUUAGUGAUGAAUGGAAUUUUCCAGCAAGAAAAGAGAAUUUUUAAUUCAAGCUUAAAUUCUCCCAGUAAAUGAAUUCCCUUUGCCUCCGUCUCCCUCCUCAACUCCCACAGAGAACACCCCCUGUCAACAGCACCAGUAAAUAAUCUAUAAAAGUGUUCUCUAGGCUCCACAUGGGUGGAUCAUUGUUGAACAGUGCAUCUUCUAUUACUCUGCGUCGGUUUGUGAUUAAUAUUUAUCCAAUGAUUUCCCUCCUUCUUGGUGAUAAAUCUUACUUCAGGCUAUCGCUCCAUUAUGUAUCCACUUUUUCAGAUUUUCUCGGAGGCUGAUGUUCUCCUUUUUCAGAAUCUUUCUAUUCCUGUAACAAUUGAAAACUUACAAUUGGCAUGUCACCUACUGAAAUAUAUGUGUGAUGUAUUGAGGGAUAUGGAUCAGCUGGAUCACACAAACCUUGUACACACACCACGUUUAUUUUUGCGAACACUUUCAUUGUGCUGUAAAGGUAACAGGUGACUGAGCAAUAAUAGUUGAAUGUGUUACUCAUUGGUGUUGGUCAUUUGCACAAGGUUUAAAUAGCAGGAUUAAAAAAAUAGGUUCAGACACUGUUUUGUCCUAUAAAUGUCAAUAGGCAUUGAUUGUGGCUUUGUUGUUGGAACAGCUGCUUACCAGGAGAUUACCGAACCUUAGACAUGCAAGUGGUUUUGAAGUUUGUAGAAAAAUUUAGUAAAUGCAAUCCUGCUCGUGGCUGCUCUCCGAAAUGUUUGAGAAACCAUUUAUUUAAGCAUUAAAAUUAAUUUUUCUGAAAGGAAGCUGCUUCAGCUUCCAUGUCUGAACAACCUUUAUCUCAAUAUAGUGAUUAUUAGUUAAAGAUUCUGAAUAAGAGCAUGUGCUAAGAUACAAAUUAUAAUAGAUGCUUAUUAUUUAAAAACACACCAAAGUGCAGACUCUUCCUUCAUAUUCAGAAGUAUCAGAUAAUCCCUUAUACAGAAUGAAUUAAACUCACUCAUAUCUUGUUUUUCCUCUGAUCACAGAGCAGUACAUUUGUGCUGUUAAAAAAGAACAUAUAGAUUUUAAAUAGGGACACAAAGUCUGUAUACAUUUUAACGUUUGUUUACACCUUUUUUUUUGGCUCAAUCCACAUGUAGCCACAUACACACAAUGUUUACACUGCCAAAUUGAGCACUUAUGUGUAAACAAGAUUUCUGUCAGAUGUGGGUUGAUCAUGUUUUUAUAUGAACAUUUUCUACGUUUUAUAUAAACAUAUAUAAAUCUGUCGAGAGAGAGAGAGAGAGGAUUAUCAUUGAGACUUACCCUGUGGUGUGUACUAAUUUGGGAAUUAGAUAAGGUUGUGCAGUGUAUUUCAUAUUUUUACAAAUUGGUGUACUAGGUUUUCUUUGCUGUAAAACACAAGGUUCUUCCUGAAUUGUUCUCUGUACAUGACAGUGUGUUGUUUAUAUUUUUCAAUACAACAAUUAAAUAGUCUUUAUUUAUGAUUACCGUCAACAGCUUUUAAAUUAUCCAUCAUAAAUUCUAUUUUAAAAUACACAAAUCCUAAUAAAAAUGCAAUAAUGUUUUACUUUUAUGUCACAACACAUUGUUUAAUAAAUACAUGUAAGUACUGUAAUUAUGCAACCUGACCUGAGCCUAUAUAAAACAAAGUGUGAUAUUGUUAUCUGGAAUAUUGUUGAGCAGAAUUAUAAUAUAUAUAAAUGGAAGUAAAUUAUAAAAUUAUAUAGGUACACACUUGAGUGUUUGUACUGAAGCGCAUUUUGUAAUGAAUUAAUUGAAGUAUUUUUUCUUGACUUAAAUUUGUUUGUAAUAAGCAAUUUUUUGUUGUUUAACAGUCGCUUGUUGCAGCUGCCAACAGAUGAUAGGAAGGGAACUCUUAGCGUGCACUUGUUCCACAGACUGGCUGUUGAUGUUUAGUAAAACGAUGAUAAACACUCCUCUUACAC